AUGCCGUUGGUGCAGUACAGCGACGCAGUCCAGAAGGUCUCCAAGGACACCCCCGUGGAAGAGAUCCUCUAUCUUCUCAAACGAGACGGGGGCGUGUUUGUCAAGACCCUGGUCUCUGAGGAAGAUGUCGACCAGGCCUAUCAAGAAGCUAAGCCUCGUCUCGACGCUGAUACAGAAUGGAAUGCGCAAACGCAACGCGCCCCGUCACUGAUCGCCCGAAGUCCAACCUAUACCAAGACGCAGGUCAUGAACCCGCUCUUUCGCCAGGUCUGUGACCAUGUCCUCACUUCCCGACGAUGGUACUGGUGGGGCGGGGAGAAAAAGCUCUCCCUAUCCAAACCUUAUGUGCAUUCCUGCACCGCCAUGAGGAUCGGCCCCGGAGGCAAGGCGCAGCCCUUGCAUCGCGAUGAUUACAUCAGUCAUCGCGAUCAUGCGGAGAUCGAUCAUUGGGAUGAUGCGCGAGACAUGAAGCGGGAAUCGGCCGUUGGUCUGUUUGUUGCUGGUUGUCGCAUUACCAAGGAGAAUGGGGGGACGCAGUUUAUUCCGCGCAGUCAUCUCUGGGGCUCGGACCGCGCAACUCCCCCCAAAGUCGAGCAAUGCAUCUUUGCAGACAUGGACAAAGGAGACGGCUUCCUCAUGUUGGCAUCGGCGGAUCACGGCGGGGGUUCGAACACGACCACCGACGAACACCGUCUCCUCUUUGCCACAUUCAUCGUGCGGGGUUACUUGCGCCAGGAAGAAAACCAGUUCCUAGCCGGGCCAACCGACAUCGCGCGCAGCUAUGACCGGGAGAUCCAGGAGUACAUGGGCUAUUCCAUGCGGGAACCGGCGUGUGGGUAUGUAGAGCAGGUGGAUCCCAUCUACCAUCUUCGCCCGGAGCUGAAGGAGGAAAAUCGGCCUCGGGACUUUUAG